UCGCGAUGAACGAGGCUUAGAUCAUCGUUAGAAAACGGAUUUGCAAAUGGAGUCAGUAGAAAUGGUCCUCCUUUGAACGGAAAAAGGUACAUCUAGCCAUGUCUGAAUCUCUGUAUGAGAAGUUUUUGGCCCCAGAGGAACCGUUCCCUCUCCUUUCCCAAAGAGCCAACCUCAGUGAUGUGGGUACCCUGGAUGUCAGUGACUUUGGUUGUCAGCUGUCAUCUUGUCACCGAACAGACCCUCUACACCGCUUCCACAGUAACAGGUGGAACCUUACUUCCUGUGGGACCAGUGUCGCCAGCUCAGAGUGCAGCGAGGAGCUCUUCUCCUCUGUGUCUGUAGGGGAUCAGGACGAGUGUUACUCCCUGCUGGAUGACCAAGAACUGACAUCUUUGGACUUGUUUCCAGAGGGCAGUGUUUGCAGUGAUGUCUCCUCCUCUAUUAGCACCUACUGGGACUGGUCUGACAGCGAGUUUGAGUGGCAGUUGCCAGGAAGCGAUAUCACCAGCGGCAGUGAUGUCCUCUCUGACAUCAUCCCGAGUGUGCCAAGUUCACCCUGUUUGUUUUCCAAGAGGAAGCCAAAGCCCCACCCUCAUCGUAACCUGGAUGAACUACCUUGGAGUGCCAUGACCAACGAUGAGCAAGUGGAGUACAUUGAGUACCUGAGCCGGAAGGUCAGCACAGAGAUGGGCCUCAGAGAGCAGCUGGACAUCAUCAAAAUCAUCGACCCAUGUGCUCAAAUCUCUCCCACUGACAGCGAGUUCAUCAUUGAGCUCAACUGCCUCACCGAUGAGAAACUCAAGCAGGUACGCAACUACAUCCGAGAACACGGCCCCAGGCAGCGCGCGAGCAGCACCAGAGAGGGCUGGAAGAGAAGCAGCCACAGCAGCGCCAGCACCGGCGGUGUCAGUGGAGUCAGCAGCAGUAAUGCCAGCAUGGUCAGCUCUGCUAGCUCCUCUACUGGUUCCACAGCCUCCAACUCUGCAGCAGGUGGUACAGCCUCAGCCUGUAGUGGCAGCAGUGUUACCAACAUUAGCAGAGCUCACAGCGAUGGCAACCUUUCCAGUGCUGCAGAACGUAUACGAGACUCUAAAAAACGUUCAAAGCAGCGUAAGCUUCAGCAGAAAGCCCUCCGGAAGCGGCAGCUUAAAGAGCAACGACAGGCUCGCAAGGAGCGUCUGAGCGGACUGUUUCUGAACGAGGAGGUGCUAUCGCUACAAGUGACGGAGGAGGACGGCCACGGUGAUGACCUGGACAUACUGAUGUGACACCAGUGAAUCAGUCAGUGCUCCCUCUACGCCUGCUCUCUCACCACCCAGCCAAUACCAUAAAGUUUAGAGACUGCACUAAUCCAGAUCAUUGCAUGCAGUAGCUCUGAAUUGGCCGAUAUGCUCAUAAUGCAUUUUGCAGAGUCUGGUCAUAAUAGCUUCUUCUAGCCUUCUUCUAGUUUGACAAAUUGUUUGCUAAUACCACUGUAGCACUGUUAAUGCUAAAACUGCUAGCUGUUGCAGUCACUACUCAGUGAGCUAUGGUAACUAAAAUCCUGCUACUGCUAUCAUUAGAUCCUGACCUCAGUAUAUCCUGCAGAUAGCAGGUGCUAAUGCUGCAAUAGUUUAGAAGCUUGCAGAUACCACUAUGGCUGUUAUUUUAGCUUAAUGCAGCAAAUAAGAGGAUUGCUUAUAGAUGCUGUAAUAGCAUAUCUGUACUGCUACAAAUACAGCCAUGACUGGCAGAAGGACAGAUCAGUAAGAGAAGUGGAGUUUGGCCAUAUUGUGUUGAUACUGCUCUGAAUUCAGGUGAUGGCAACAAGUUUAUUUUUUCAUAACACUAAAGGGGAAACUACAUGUUGGCGAGCACACUGCAGCAAAUACUUGAAUAAAUACCUCAAGUUAUACAGUCAGCAUGACAUGAGUGUGAAGUAUCAUCACUUUUAGCAUGACAGUAAAUUUACUGCGAGUAUGAGUGGCCUCCUCACAGUCUUAAGACUGAACCCUCACAAUGAUUAAAGAGUUCUCUAAAUGAUGAAUAUUUGCCUAAUUCGGAGUUGAGGACUACAUUCCCUGGGAGUUUGGUGUCACUCCUGAUAAUCAUCGUCCCAAACUAACAGCUAACUAAUUCCAAGUGACAGGGUUCCCAAUGUGGAAGGAAGCGAGCUGACCUGUCUUUCUCUCAGAGCGCUGUGGUCUCAUUUCACUCUCAAGGCUUAGAGGGAGCACUGAAACACUGCAUGUCUAAAUUGUGAGUUCCUGUGCUGUUCACUAGCCAGCAACUUGCUUCAUUAUGUGCAUCAACCUGCUAAAAUAGAUUGUGUUGUAAAUAACAUCAUAUUUACUGCAUAUUGCUUUCAGGUUUUUCUGGGUGAUAAAGGUUUGAAUUAAUGUUUUAUUCCCCUGUGAGCGUGUGUAUAUAUUAUAGUAUUUGGCCAUCACAACUUUAAUGCUGUAAAUUGCGACUGUUUUGCAAAAGCUAUAAACUUUUUUUGAUGAAUUUACUUGUGUUUUGUUAGUACUUGAGCUUGGUCUUUGUCUCAGACAUCUUUUGAACUCUGUCAUAGCUUCUUUUUCUCUGUGAGCACUCCUACUUUAUUUGUGCCUGAGACACUCAAAUAAUCAUUAGGUCUCUAUCAUUCAUUUUUGUGUACAGUUUUGAAUGACUUCACCAUCAUGACAGUUGCGAGAAUCUGAGCAUUGAUUACGUUUUUACAGAUCACUGUCCUGCACUGUAUGGCUGAUUUGGCUUUGGUGCUGGUUUCAGCAUGUGUAACCAGUAUUUAGCCAUUACCUCAGAAGUGUUUGUUUUACUCUGAAAAAUUUUACAUCUAAAACAAAGUGUUAAUGAAGCAGUAACAAGUCAAAAACAGAUCUUUAGGGAACUUUAGCUACACCAUCACUUUCAUAUUUAUAGCAGCCUGAGAUAUUUUUUUGGUUUGUGUUUUUCCCACUGCUCAGCUGUAACAUGAGCCACUGUAGUUACUGGCCUAACAGCCUGCUGUCCUUUAUGUAUGGAGCUUUGGCUCUUGUCUCUGUCUCAUGUAUAAAGUUAAAAUUAAAUACAGCAAAUAUGUUGGAAGCAGCUUCAUGUAUUCUGUAGUAACGGAUUAGUAAAAAUCUAUUUUGAAAAAUAAGAUGAUUUUGAAAAAGAAGAUUCAAAAUAAGCCACAAUCUGAUGCAGCAAAGUUAUUUGUGUAUAUAAUGUGAUGUAACUGCUGAAAAUGAAUUGUAUUGAACUGAUUAAAGAGUAUUUUAAAGUGU